UUACUUUUGUUACCCAUUUUAUAUACUCUCCCUUUAGUGUACGUUUUAUUACUUACUCUUCCUCAUUUUAUGAUAACCCUUAUUAUACUGUACGAUUUUUUAACCACAAUGUCUUAUGGCUUUUCUUCGCUUCCGUCUUCCGCAGACUGUGUUAGGAAUUUUGAAAAUUGCUUUUACCCGAACUUUCGUACAGGCCUUUUUUACCUCAUACCUCGUACUCGUACCUGUCCUAUUUUUGGCCUCGUACUUCGUACAUAGUAUGUGUACGAAUUUUGGUACGAACUUCCAAUUUCCGUUUAUUUGACCCUUUCUCUCCGCUUUUUGAAAUUCGAGG